AUGAAGAGAUUCAGUAAAAGGGACUGGAAGCCAUGUGAGUUCAAACCAAUUGAAAAGGAAGUUUCGAAGCCUAUUCCGGGUGUACCAAUUCAUUUCAUUUACGGGAUAUUUUUUGAUGACGAUUAUGACUACAUGCAACAUCUAAAAUCCGCCUCCAAUACCAAAGAAGGUUAUACUAUAUCAGUAGCACCCGAGGACUGCCCAGAAGAUGAUUGUAAUCCACCUGAAUCACGAGAAUUGCGUGAACCAGAAGUUGAUCACGACGAACAUGCUGUAAGCGAUCUUAACAUGGACUCAGAUGCAGAGUCUUUUGACAUGGAUAGUUAA